UGUUUUUGAAAGAAGUCGCUUAUGCUCACAAAGGCUGCACUUAUUUGAUUAAAAUAGAGUAAAAUCAGUAAUAUUUGAAAAUAUAUUACAAUUUAAAAUAAGUUUUCAAAGCUGAAUUUUCAACAGCCAUUACAUAUGUGUCUUCAGUACAUUUUCUUCUUGAUAAAUGUUUUUUUUCUUUGACAAAAUUCACAUUCACAUGUCAUUUAUAAUUUAUUUUAUGAUUGUAUAUGUUAAAAUGCAAAAGCAAGUGUUAGUCUUUACAUUUUAAAAUACUCUACUAUUUAGGCCAAGGUAAUAAGUGUGUAUAAACUCAUGCAUGCCUGUUCCUGAGUGUUUUUAUUUAGAUAAGCUUUGUUUUCUGAGGUAUUUCUUGUCUGGCUCAGAUACUGAGCCAUAUCAAGCCAUUGCAGUGAGCCAGUUUAUUUUAUAUUGGUUUGAUAAUUCUUGUCCUUUCAAGGGUGCAGCCCAUUCAGCAAUAAUCUACAGCAACCAAGCGCUUUGGAAUCACUGAGGCACUUUUUAUGUCUUUACGCAGUGCUUUCCUUGGCUGUGAGCUGGUUGGUGUGUAACUGUGGUUUGCUGACUAAGGCUGAGAUGAAGUUAGAGAAAUACCUCAUGACCAUAAGCGGAAAAUGCUGGCUCAGAUAAAAAAGAAACACAACCGAAAGUGUGGAUGGGUCUUUACUUGUCUGGUUUGAGGGUUUGAAAUAUUGACUGUCUCCUCACAUGUAUGAGUUUUAGUGCUAACUGGAAUUUGUGCAGGCGAAAAGAAGUUCAAAAAGUGAAUGCAAAAAGUAAAUUAAAUAAAAAAGGGAGAGCGAGAGAAAUAAAAAGAGAAUAGGAAAGAAAAUAACUCUCUGCCCCCUGCUGGCCAUCAAGAGUAACUCAGAUCUAUGAAGAAAUACAAUGACAAAACAACAGCUUUUCCAAGUGCACUUAUCCUUACUGACCUAAAAUCACUGUGCUUCAUGUCUAAUCUAAGAAGUUAGAUGAAAAGCACCCUGCCUUAUACCACACAGAAUAUGUUUUUCUUUCAAUAAUAUUGUGUAUUUUAUUUACAGUGACUGCUGUUCAGUGUUUCAUCUAGGAAUAAUGAAAGGAAUAAUCAAAGGAGAAGUUCUUUGAAAGUUUCUAAAUUGUUCUCACUGUUGGUUGUUGAAAGGAAACGGAUGCAGUUGCUGGUUAACUGGGAGUCAUUUCAUGUGACUAAUUCCAGACAUAGCCACUUCCCAUUCAUACAAAACAUGCUUGACACACGAGCACACAUUUAAAAUGUCUUUAGAUUUCUUGCUCUUCACGCUGGUAUGGUGUUUUUGUGUGUGUCUGUUACUACAGCUGAUUGACACAUUCUCCACGGAGAUCUCAGAGCUAAAGCAGGAGAUGGUUCAGCCAGCCAGAGAGCCGGAGACAGAGAUCUUACAGGGUCUGGAAGGAGAGGUGAGUGGUUUGUUCCUGCAAUCUUCUGCCUGUGCUGGUGCGCCUGGAGUGAGGGAUUCUGGGUAUGACUCUCUACGCAGACGCAUGAGCAUCCUGGACAGACUGAUGCAGACACACUCUGUAUGGUUGCUGCUGUCACUCAGUGAUGAGGAAGCCAGACGCAUUCUGCAGCCGCAGCCGGCAGGGAGUUUUGUGGUGAGGAGGUGUUAUAAACUGCAGAAAAAGGUGAUUUCCCUGCGGAUGGACAGUGACACACUGAUUGUACGGGACUUCCCUGUUAAAGAGAGCCAGUAUACUUUUUCCCUGGAGGGCUCAGGGAUCAGCUUUGCAGACCUCUUUCGACUGGUGGCGUUCUGCUGUAUCAGCAGGGAUGUUCUGCCCUUCACCCUGAAGCUCCCUGAGGCCAUCGCAGCUGCGAAAACCCUUACAGAUCUGGAGGAAGUGGCUCAGUUCGGAAGAGGUUUCUGGGACUCUAAACUGUGCAAUAAGAAGGAGUCUUCUGUGUCUGGGGAGACUGUUUGUAACAGUCAGAGACUAAAAGAGUUGGGCAUUAAUUUCUCCCCAAGAGCCAUCCCAUUCACUCGGACCCCUUCUGAACUUGAAUGCAGUCAAUCCAACGGAGCGCUGUGCUUCAUCAAUCCCCUCUUCCUGCAAACACACCAACCUGACCCUUCAUCCAAAAAGCAAGAAACAUCCCCGGCCAAAGCAGGUGGCUCUCAGCACCACCAGAGUGCUCUGCAUAGAAUAGAUCGCCAGAACUGUGAUAGCAACAUCUUCUGCAGUACAAGCAGCAAACAAAACAAAUCACACAUAAGUGUGAGUAGAUCCAAGAGUGAGAGAUCCCCACCACCUCGACCCCCACCUCCCCGCUUUGCCUCCGGCAGAUCAGCAGUUCUCCGUAAACAGAAGACCAUGCCUGAGACGGUCUGUUGGAUCAAAACGCCUCAGGAAAAGAGCAGCCUACUGGGGAGGUUGGGAUCAUCCUUUAGUUCCUUAUCUCCCUCAUCCUCCCCACCAAAAAAGUUCAGUAAGCCAAUCUUGGUGCCCUCAUCUCGCAGUAAGAAUUCCUCUGGCCUGCUUGACGCAGACGGUCUCCGCUGCCAAAUGGCCCUGGAUGACCAGACCAUUGAUGAUGCCGUGUCUUGGAGCCUGGCUAAGAUGUCUUCGUGCAACACCCCCAACCUGGAGAACAGCAGCCCUGCAGAUGAGCACUGCACCACAGGACGAGAGCGACUGAGUGACAUCAGCAUCUCCACCUCGUCCUCAGACUCCCUCGACUUCACCCACAGCUUCUCAUUGCCUAUGGAGGCCAGUCCCUCCAGAACUGAACGUCCCACUGGCGACAGCAGCCUGGAGGAGGAAGAAGAGGAAGAAGAUGACGGCAUCAACUUGGAGAGCGAUCAGGAGGUGCCACCACCCUUCAAGUCAAAGAAGCAGAAUGGUGCUGGUACGUUCAUGCUGCCACGUGCACUAAGAGGACAUUUGCGCAAAGUGAGCUGCGUUCUAAAUUCUCUGAGGACGCCUGAGAGGAGGGCCAUUCGGAAGAUUGUUGAGCAAUCCAGAGAUAAAGGGACUUACUUUGGCUGCCUGGUGCAGGACUAUGUGAGCUUCCUGCAGGAGAACCGCGGCUGCCACACGUCAGGCUUGGACCUGCUGCAGACUCUCAGGCAGUUCAUGACUCAGAUGAAGUCCUACCUGCUGCAGAGCUCGGAGCUUGACCCACCUAUUGAGUCCCUUAUCCCUGAAGAUCAAAUUGAUCAGGUGAUGGAGAAAGCCAUGCACAAGUGUGUGCUGAAGCCCCUGAAGCCUGUGAUAGAGGCCGCUCUGCGGGACUUCCAGGUGGGCAGCGGGACAUGGCAGCAGCUGAAGGAGAAUCUGGUUUUGGCCAAAUCCAAGCAGCCCCAGGAGAUGGGCGUGGAUGGUGCUCUGCCUCCUGACCCUGUGGCCAUAGAGAAGAUUCGCCACAAGUUCCACAACAUGUGCAAGAUGUACUCACCAGAGAAAAAAGUGUCUCUGCUUCUCAGUGUGUGCAAGCUUAUCUACACCAUAAUGGAGAACAACUCAGGGAGGAUGUAUGGGGCAGAUGACUUCCUGCCCAUGUUGACGUAUGUGAUGGCCCAGUGUGACAUGCCACAGUUGGAUGCUGAAAUACAGUACAUGAUGGAGUUACUGGACCCAUCACUGCUUCAUGGAGAAGGAGGUUAUUACCUGACAAGUGCAUAUGGGGCAAUGUCUCUCAUCAAGAACUUCCAGGAGGACCAGGCAGCUCGUGUGCUGAGCUCUGAGACCCGUAACACGCUGCACCAGUGGCACCGCAGACGCACGACCCAGCGUACCACACCAUCUGUGGAUGAUUUCCAGAACUACUUGCGGGUGGCACUGCAAGAUGCAAGCAAUGGCUGCACAGCCAAAACCCUUCAGGUUCAACCUUACGCCACAACGGAGGAUGUGUGUCAGAUAUGCGCGGACAAGUUUAAAGUUUCGGACCCAGAGAACUACGCCCUUUUCCUCUUGACAGAUGAAACCACACAGCAGCUUGCCAUGGACACUCACCCACAGAGGAUCAAGGCUGAGCUGCAUAGCCGCCCACAGCCACAACUGUUCUACUUUGUGUACCGCCAGAUCCAAAACCUCACUGUCCCUUCAGACCAGCUCAAUGACAACACUUCAUCCAACUGAGAGAGCAAACCUGAAUUCCAUCAGGUGCUCCUUCUCAACCACAUUUAUUCAUCUCCUUCCUUAGGAACACUGCUAACAUCUGCACUGUUAUGAAAAAAGCUGGAGGGAAGCGGAAAAUGUGCUUGGAGGGAAAUAGGGAAGGAAGGAUGUGUCUGACAGAUGCAGCAUUUUUUAUGCUCUGUCUUCACUAUUUUCAAAACGUUUUGGGAAGUUGCACACGACCAUCACGAGAGAAUAGCUGUAUCCAAACUGCAAAUGUUACAGUAUGCCUGUUUAUUUCUUCAUGAAUGCCCAAACAUACACAUUGUGUAAGCUUUGCACAUUCCACAUUAAAUACACUCCAGGACUGUACAUAUUAUACCUCUCCUGUCUCCUAUUUUUCGCUAUGCUGAGAGACUGUGGCAUUUUCGUAUGACUGCUCUCACUGCAGAAUGAGAGAGCUGUUCAGUGCGUUGAGGUGAAGACUUUCAGGAAGUUCCUCCCUUCAGCAUUUGUUCAGUAACAUGGACAUCUCCGUACCCAAGCCCACUGUGGACACUUGUUUUCUAAUGUAAAACUGAUUUAUGAUAUUUUUGCAGUUGCUGGUAAACUGCAUUCUUUAUAUAUAUAUGUGUUUUAUUGUUAUAGUAUUGCAUGUAUCUCUGUGAUAAGACCAAUUAAAGAACCAGGCAUUGUUGCCAGUGAUGCUUUAUCAUAUUGCUUUUGUAUGAAUUAUGAUUAUUAUGUUUUGUUAAAGUCAUUGGUAGUAAUGGAGAUGGUAAAAAUGGUGAGGUUUUGUUCUAGAAUACUGUACUACUACUGACAAGCUAAACAUUUAGGGCUUGUGGUAAUCUGGAUCUCUGUUGUACUGAUAUUGGUUCUGAUUUACAGGUUUUUAAGAACAGACACAAAGGGCUUUUGGCAAGUAGAACAAACAGAAAGAUCUAUGUAAAGUAAGAAAGAAUAAGAAAAAAAUGGCAUGGACUUUUAAAGCAGGUUAAGAGACAUUGGUAGAAAUUAUCAGCAAAGAGAAAUGAUUUUUGUGUCACUGUAAAGUGUAUCAGGGAAUACCGGCAAGGAUGAGACACAUAGAGGAGAAUAGUUCUUUAACAUUCAUAACUAUACUCAUAACCUCUUAACUGCAAUAACUUACCAAGUAUGUUCUACUAAUGUACUUUACAUUUGCAUGUUUUGAUGUAAACUCGGGGCAUUUUUUUUUUUUUUUUUUUUUUAAGAGACAGGGGUGCUGAAAUGCUCUAAUCCCAUGUAACGAUGAUAUAGAAACACUAGUCACAUCUGAAACAGUCUUGAAAUGUAUUUUAACAAGAUAUUUUAAGUCUGAUAAAUGUAUAUUUAUAUGCAAUCUGUGCUGGAAUUUUUCACAGAUUUGAAAUUCAAAAAUAUUGUGUAUUCAUUUGGAGAAAAGCUCAUCCUCAUUCUUUAGUCAGUUCUUCAUAUUUCCUUUUGUUUGUUUUUUUGUUUGUUUUUUUAAAUGUACUCUUUUGCACACAAUAAAUUGAUGUUGAAUAUG